CCCACGACACCCCCCGCCAGCAUACCUCCAUCCAACACCCUCUCCCCCGCCAUUCUCCUCAUCUGUCUGCCAGCGCCUGUCUGCUCCAUCCUCCGCCCCGUGUCCGCUCUCUCGACUUUCCCCUCUCCCUUGUGGAACCUGCGUCAUGGAGGCCUCGAAGCAGGAGCUCGACUUUUUCACCACCAAUCCCGUCGCGUUGUCGUUACGGAACGUCUAUGCAUCCUUUUCGGAGCGGAGAGAAGCGCUAGGCCUGUCCAACCCCGGCACCGUUGAGAAUAUCGCAAAGGAGGUCCAGCGCGAUGUCUUCCUCAACAACCUCACAUUCUCCGGCAUCCGCGCCGAUCUCACCAAGGCCUUCAGCGUAGCUCCUCUUUUCCAGGUCUCGCAUGCGCUGUCCAUGGGGUCACAGGGCCUGCCGCCCUACGCAUACGCCGCUAUGUACGGGUCACCAAGGGUCUUCCUCCAAGCCAACAUCGACAACGACUUCGCGCUCAGCGGCCGCUUCAACUACCGAUGGACAUCUGCGCUGGUCACAAAGUCGAGCGUGCAGAUAAUGCCCGGACAAGGCGCCAUGUUCUCAUUCGAAAACGACUACACCGGUGCCGACUUCACCGCCAGCCUGAAGACCAUCAAUCCAUCUAUACUGGAUGGCGGUUUGACUGGCGCCGUGAUGGGGAGCUACCUGCAAUCCAUCACCCCCCGUCUUGCUCUUGGAAUUGAAGGUGUCUGGAACCGAUCAGCGAUGGCAUACGGCCCUGACCUCAUCUUCUCAUACGCUGCGCGGUACAAGUCAAACGACUGGAUUGCGAGCGCACAAUUGCUGGCGCAGGGGGGUGUCCAGGCGUCAUACUGGCGGAGACUGACAGAUAAGGUCGAGGCUGGUGUGGAGACCAACCUCCAAUUCGUAGGUAUGGGUCCGGCUGGUGGACCCCUGGGUAUGCCGGGACGGAAAGAGGGUGUCACGACCAUCGGCGCAAAGUACGAUUUCCGGCAGUCAUCGGUCAGGGCGCAGUUGGACAGCCAGGGCAAGGUUGGAUGCUUGUUAGAAAAGCGGGUUGCACCAGCUGUGAACUUGACAUUCGCUGGAGAGAUCGACCACCCAAAGAACACCGCCAAGAUCGGCCUAGCAAUCUCAAUCGAGUCCGCCGACGAAGAGGUCAUGAUGGCACAAGAACGACCCGGCUUCGAGCAAGCGUCGCCACCCUUCUAGACUCCCACCUCUCACCAUCAAAUAAUACCUCUGUAACCUAUACUCUACAACCUACCUCUUCUCUUCGCUGUAUUACCAAAAUUCCAGACGGUAUAAACCAACCGUCCGGCUUCUCUUGCGCCGCCCAUUUUCUUCUGGUUGGCUAGGGUUUCUUGCUGCACGAUUAGAAGUUCCCCCGUCCUGUGUCUUGUCUUGUUGGUCUGUGUGAACUCGGUCGGCUGCGCAUCUUGUGAAAAAAUGGUAAUGGGGCAUGAGACCGAGAUUUUUGCGAGCGAUUAACUCUGCUUGGUAGAAUCUGUGUCCCUACAUGAUGAGGGUCUCGCGAUGGGAAGCGAGGCGGGGCGCGGAUAGUGUAUAUAUAGGGUCGAAAAUUAUAACUUUACUCCGCUAGAUGGUUGCGC